GGAGAGGGGCGGGGCAGUUGAGAGGUCAGAGUUGAAUUCAUUUUGUCUUUUGUGCCAAGCUGAAGAGUGGAGUCAGAUCGAACAGCCGAGUCUUUUCCCUCUUCCCCGGAUCCUCUUACAACUCCCUCCCGAACCUCUCCCCUUCCACCCUUGCCACCCUACCCACCCCCUGAACACUCUUCAAGGGACGGUUCGGGUAAGACCUCCGCUAAAAUGGCUUUGUUGUUUUUUCCCUCUGUGAGUGAAGGACGGGGAAAACUCGGCGUGCCUCUGUGCGCUUCCUAGGCCGCGGGAUAGGACUAUUUCCUGGAUCGGGCUAUGCUAACGUUAGCGCCCCGGAUGGAAAAUUACCGAGCUAUGUAGCCCUAGAGUUGAUUUAGUUAGCCCUUACCGCUCUUAGUAGUUUUGGACAUAUUUCUGGGUGGAAUAUUGAGUUUAGAGCGCUAUUCCUGAAUAAGAAGAGUCAGGAAGUUGCGGUUGAAUCUCAGGCUAUCGGCGCUAACUCAGCCUACAAAUCUCGCUUGCGUGACUAGCUGUGAUGCCUUCCCAAAAAUAGGUUUUGCGAUGUUUCCCUUUGAGUCUUACACUCUUACUGUGGAAAAACGAGCUGUAAAAACUUAAUGCAGUAUGGAGAGGAAGAAGUGUUUGCUGCUUUUAAGAAUUUAUUAAAGAGAAGUGUUAUAUCGCCGCUGAUAAUCGAUCCCAGGAAGUAGUCGCGGCCGCUGGGAGACAGUGGGUCAUUGUGCUGGUGUGAAUGAGUGGACUCGGGCCAGUCUAAUGUCAAUUACUGAGCUGAAAUGUCCCAUUCUUUCAGAUAGGCUUGCUACCGUCAUUAAAGUACAGUUACUAGCCUGAGUCGACAACAUGUUAACUGCCCGCAUCACUUCAUUCAUCUGCUCUGACAGCAGCUUUUUUUGUAGUAAACAAGGUUUUCCAUUGACAUGUUCUCAUAGUUUCCAGUAACUACAUUUGUCCCUGAUGGUCACAUUUUCCACUCUGUUGCAGACAUUCACACAGUGACCAAAGACCCGCUUUUCGGCCAGUUUAAAUCCUGGAGUCAGCUGCAGCAAUGGACUCAAGUCUUGUCGAAGGAGGACUUAAUGUCACCUUAACCAUCAGGCUACUCAUGCACGGCAAGGUGGGUUUCUCUGGAUGAAAUAUUUGAUAACAAGGUUAAAACCCGAGCUACCACUCUCUUUAAUUGAUUUAAAGCCAUCUCAGCAAAAUGAAAACAAAGUACUUCAGCUUCUCCUCUGCCAGUGACCAACAAGGUGCAUUUUUAGCUCUAAUGUGCCUUUUUCUGCUUUUAUUCUGCAGGAGGUUGGAAGCAUUAUUGGCAAGGUAAGUUGUUUUUUUUACAGCCACAAUGAUCCUGUCCUCUUCUUGCCCGCUUUUGUGUUUUGUAAAGAUUGUGUUUUUGUAUUUUCAUUAUAGAAAGGAGAGUCAGUGAAGAAGAUGAGAGAGGAGGUAAGAAUACGUGAUUUAUUGUUACACUAAGUCUGCUUCACAUGAUAACUGCGACUGACUCAAUAUUUCUUGUUUUCGCGCAGAGUGGUGCUCGCAUCAAUAUCUCAGAGGGGAACUGCCCGGAAAGGAUCAUAACCCUGGCGGGACCAACCACCUCUAUUUUUAAAGCCUUCUCCAUGAUCAUUGAGAAACUGGAGGAGGUUAGUUUGACACGCUGGUUCAUGAAUUAGUUGUAGUAACAACACAAUUUUUCCCAUUUUGUUCUAAUGGUGCAAAUAGUCAGUGAGAGUGGACUAGUACUACAUUGAAGGGAAAAUUUCAAACUCACUUCCAGUCCUGUACAAAUCGAGAAAAGUAUUGAAUUCCAAGGCCUUGCAUUUGAUCUACUACUCAUUGAUUGUUCCCUAUGUAUCUUACUGUGUAGAGCUGUGGGGAUCCACCUUUAAAACCAUUAUAAGUUCAAUAAUAAAACUGCAAAAACGAGCUGUAUGUAUUAUCUAUAAGACUGAUUAUUAUGAUCCUUUUCUAAAUUCUCAUGUUAUGAAAUUUUAUGAUCUGUUUUAUUAUGAAAUAAUGCAAAUUAUGUUUAGAGCAAAAUCAAAAAUGCUCCCUGACUGAUGUGUCUCUGGAAUGACGCCGACAUAAAUCUAUAAACGUCAUUCUUUUUUGGUUUUUAAGAAAAUGGUUUGUAAAGCUAUUUUUGAAGCUUAUAAGUGUGAUUAAUUAUCUGUUGUUGUGGUUUAUUUUCGUUUCUGGAGGUCGGUAGCCUAAAAAGUUGACAAUACAGGACAGGCUUUUAUAAGCAGUCUGCUUCUGCCUAUGAUUUUAAAGAUAAUAUUCAACACAGGAUUCUUGAUUUAAUGACUUUGUGUGAAAUGUCAAUAUUGUGUACAAUAUUUGGUGGUGUCAUGACUGAAUAAAUGACUACUACUACUACUAGUUAGGUAAUUACACAAUGUUUGUGAUAAUGUGCUAUGAUUUUUUAAACAUGUAAUCUGCAUCUACUGUCCUGAGAGUUGAAAGCUUGCUCUAAUUACUUUGUGGAUAAUUCAGCUCUGAUUGAAAACUGUAAAAACAAUGAACCCCAAAGGAUUCAAACAAGGGAGCUGGCUGAGCAACUGCUAAGCUAAUGUUGGAUGAAGCCAAUUUAGAAAAGCUGUGUCUGCUGUCGAGUCAUAGACUUUUAACAUGAAACUAUUUUAUGUAGUGCAUGGGUGCGUGGUGGUUUUUUCUUUAACUCUUGUUUUGUCAUCUUCGCUGCAGGACAUCAGCAACUCAAUGACUAACAGUACAGCCACCAGCAAACCGCCGGUCACCAUGCGCCUUGUCGUGCCUGCCAGCCAGUGCGGCUCUCUCAUUGGCAAGGGUGGCUGCAAAAUCAAGGAAAUCAGAGAGGUUUGUCACGCUCUCCCUUUCAUUUAGAUUGAACUCGUCUGGUAUAUUGCGUGCCCGUUGUAAAUCGUUUUCUGUUUUAUGGGGUUUUGCAGUCAGCAGGAGCUCAGGUACAAGUAGCAGGGGACAUGUUGCCCAACUCAACAGAGCGUGCCAUCACCGUUGCAGGGACCCCUCAGUCCAUUAUUGAGUGUGUCAAGCAGAUUUGUGUCGUCAUGCUUGAGGUGAGGAUGCUGCUGAAGAUAAUGCUGUUUGUGCUCUUUUUGUAAACGGUUGAUUUUUGAUACUGGCACUGAUCCGUAAUAAGUCUCUGUAUCGUCUGUCCUUUCAGUCCCCACCAAAGGGAGUGACCAUCCCAUACAGACCCAAACCCUCAGGCUCUCCUGUCAUCUUUGCAGGUGGUCAGGUAAACAACAACAACAUGUUUUUGCUCUCUAAAGAUGUCAUUGGUGAAAAAUGAUCGAAUGAAUUAAAUUAUGCUGCGGCUUCCUCUUAAGUUUUGGUGUACUGUCUGUCGCCUGGCUGACUUUGUUCUCGUGACACAUCAAGGACAGAGGACUGAUAGAUAUUGGAGUUCACUGUGUGUGACACUGCCACACCCUCUUAAGCACUCUUCUCUCCUUGCAGGCAUACGCUGUCCAAGGGCAGCACGCCAUUCCACAGCCUGAUGUAAGUGAAGGGCCCUCUGUAAGUGAUCCAGUAUAUUUGCAACUUCGGUCCUGGGAAGCCAUGCCACUUUCUUAUUUCAUCCCCCCUGACUCUUUAUUUCUCCAACACCAUUGCCUGACUCCCAUUUAACAAUUUCACUUAUUCCAAAUUUGUUUUAACCGUUUAACACUUUUAUAUUUCUUUGACCCUUUUAGACUAAACCAGAACUUCCAUUUGUCCAUCCAUUUCAUGUUUUCCUCUCAUUUUCACUACAACCACUUACCAAAGGGAAAUAUUACAAAAUUUCAGAAUUCAUUCACAUUUUUCCUCACUCAUAAUUUUUUUGUUCGCUGUCCAUGUUGUCUACUCCUUUGUUUCAACAGCUCACCAAACUUCACCAGCUGGCCAUGCAGCAGAGCCCCUUCCCUAUUGCACAUAGCAACCAGGGCUUCCAGGGUAGGUGGACAGAUUGAAAGAUGGAGCGCCGCAGCUGUAGAUUUGUAAUAAUCCACCGUGUCAACACUCUCAUGUUGUUUCUUUGCUUUUCUUCAGCUGGGAUGGAUGCCUCUGCACAAACUGGCUCACAUGAGCUGACCAUUCCAAAUGAUGUGAGUAACCUUUACACCUUUUAUGAAAUGUAGUUUAAGCGGCUUAUUCGCCUCGUCAAUAACUUUCCUGACACCGCCGGUUUCUCACUUUGUCCCUUGUUUCUUCUUUAGCUCAUUGGCUGCAUCAUUGGCCGUCAGGGCGCAAAGAUCAAUGAGAUCCGUCAGAUGUCAGGGGCUCAGAUCAAGAUUGCCAACCCAGUGGAGGGGUCCACUGACAGACAGGUCACCAUCACCGGCUCCCACGCCAGCAUCAGCCUGGCUGAGUACCUGAUCAAUGCUCGGUAAGAAGCUUUACGUUUGUGGGACACGUCCAUCACAGAGCAGAAAACUGACAGGAGGCUCAGUUUUUUUAGGCCCAACUUACUUUGUGUCUUAAUUUAUAAACUUUUACCAAGUGCAGUUUGUCGGAGUUUACAGAUGUUUUAUAAAUCUGCUGCUAUUUUCUUGUUUUAAUUGGGCUGUGUAGCAGUUUUAAUCAAACUCUUCAGAAGUAAAGGGUGCUGCUCAUGCUUAUUUAAAAAGAGACAAAGUGUCAAUGCUUUGUUUCACCAACCAUGAAAAUCCACCGGUAGUAAUUACUUUACAUUAAAUUCAGCUGUGAAAUGUGUCUGGGUAGAUAGAAAACUGUGUAUAAUCGUCAAUAUGUCUACACCAACAUCUUUGAAAACUACACUGUGUUUUUACCGUGUAUGCCAAAUGUUUUCAACGAUGCUCAGCCUGCAAAGAUCUCUAAGAUUACCCCAGACAAUGGUGGGCUUCAUUUGAACUCAGAGAAUGUUGAUCGAGCUGGAAAGGAGGAUUCAAAAUAUUUUGUCGAUGAACGUGUCAUGUAGCCAUUUAGAUUUAAUAAAGGACAACAUACAGAUGAAUGUAGAAUGAAUAUAAUUGAAAAAGACUUUUUCUGCCAUAAUCUGAAUAUUUUUUUACUCGCAGCAGAUUAGUGAUCUCAUUCUGAUUCAUGUUUAGCCUUGAUUUAGAGCCAUUGCAGCGAAAAGUACAUGAGUUAUGUCUUUUUUUUUUAAUUAAUAAGUUUGUAGAUUUAUGCUGGUUUACUAGUAAACAGUUGUAAAAGUGUCAUAUUCUGUCUGAUUCUUGUUAAAAGACGUUCAAUCACUCAUGACUCAUCUUGUUGGGACGACUGUUUAAUCACCAAGUUUGUUCUGCUUCAGCUGUCGGGAAUUUUCCCACUUCUGCACGAGCUCCACUAACACAAGUUAAAAUAUUAAGGUCAGUCUGUUUUCUGUUGUCCUCCUCAGGCUGUCUUCUGAAGCUACUGGACUCGCAGCCAACUGACAUGGAGGAUCUUCAUCAGCACCUAAAGUAACCCCUCCCCCUACUUUUUACCAAGAGGUCCCUUAUUGAACUAAAUGCAAAAACCAAGUACUCUAAACUCACUGUUUUCUCUUCUGCUUUGGUUAUACACCUACUCAAUUGUAAUUACACCAUCAUCAUGAUAUUGGUAUUUUAUUUAUUUAUUAUGUUUUUAAAAUUCCCUUUGCAUAUAGUUUUGAAAAGACUUCAUUCUGUUGUAUUUUUCCUCUUAUUUUACUGUAUAUCUGUAUGAUCUUGAUAUAGGUAAAAAGUUUUAGAAAAAUCUGAAAAGGCAUAAAUAAUGUUUUUCUUAUGUCAGAUUUUUCUUAGAAAAUGUAAAAAUGAAGAAAAAAAAACCACACAAUAACAUAAUAGAUGGACUGUUCUUUCCCUUCCUUUUUAAAUAUCUAUUUAUUUUUAUUUAAUACACAGCUCAUUGUAAGGGUAGAAAUCAUUGAUAUUUGCCAUCUUCUUUUCGAGGCUGUACUUCCUGAAUGAGGCAUUGUGGGUUUUAACGGGUUUCAGCGGGUGUAAAUGAUCUCGAGUUGAUGCAGGUGACUACCUUUCUGGACUGAAGGUAACUUAUUCCUUGUUGUCGAGUGGGAGCUCGGAGGAGAAUUUUUAAGCUACGUUUUGUCUCACCUCUAAUUUGCUGAGUAAUUGUUUUUGUGUCAUUCCUGUGUUUCCAUCCGUUUUAUUUCUCGAUCAGGACUUUUGAGCAUUGUUGUGUAUUGGAUUCUGUUAAGGGUGGGUGGGCCUCGGUUAGACGGGGGGGCCUGAAUGAGAGGAAAAUAUUGUCUUUUCUCUGAAAUUACUAAGACCAUAGUAAUGACGAUGAUGAUAAUAAUAACAAUGAAAUGUUUGUUUUAAAUAGAGAAAAUAUUUUUUUUAACUGCAGGGCUGGGGAAUGCUGCAAGGGGCAAAACUACAAGACAUAUUUGUCUUUAUAAGUAUAUUAUGCUGAGGUAUUAAAUUAUGAUUAACUAGAAGGAGAAUUAUAGAAUUAACACUAGUUUCCUGCUAUCCUUUUUGCCUGGGUCAGAUUUUAUUUUUUAUUAUUCUUUGCAGGAUGAAGAAACUCACGUUUUUGUGCACGUUUUCCAACUAUUGUAGAUCUGGGUGCAAUUAAAUUGUUGAAGACAUGAAAUGCAGAAAUAAAAAAAAAAAGAUGUGAAAUGCUUAAA